GGGCCUGCGGCCGCCCGGGCGUUGGCUGCGCUGGGCGAUGGCGGGCGGCGGGACCGGAGCUGGCGGGCGGGUGCUGCGCUCGGCGCUGGCCGAGGACGUGGCGUCGGCCUCCAACUUCCGCGCCUUCGAGCUGCUGCACCUGCACCUGGACCUGCGGGUCGAGUUCGGGCCUCCCGGGCCGGGCCCGGGCAGCCGCGGGCUGAACGGCUCGGCGGUGCUGGAGCUGCGCUGCCUCGAGCCCGGCGGCGCCGCGGAGCUGCGGCUGGACUCGCACCCGUGCGUGGAGGUGACGGCGGCGGCGCUGCGGCGGGGUCCGCGGGGCGCGGGGCAGCCGGAGCCGGAGCCCGAGCCGGUGCCGGUGAGCACGCGGCCCUUCUCGCACUACGGCCAGGCGCUGUGCGUGCACUUCCCGCAGCCGUGUGGCGCCGGCGAGCGCGUGCGUGUGCAGCUCACCUACCACGUCGGCGAGGGACCCGGGGUUUGCUGGUUGGCCCCGGAGCAGACGGCAGGAAAGAAGCCCUUCGUCUACACCCAGGGUCAGGCCGUCCUGAACCGUGCCUUCUUUCCUUGCUUCGACACCCCUGCAGUGAAGUUCAGAUACUCUGCUAUUGUGGAGGUCCCAGACGGCUUCACCGCUGUGAUGAGUGCUAACACCUGGGAGGAGAGAGGUCCAAAUAAGUUCUUCUUCCAGAUGUGUCAUCCCAUCCCCUCCUACCUGGUAGCUCUGGCCGUUGGAGAUCUGGUUUCGGCCGAUGUUGGACCCAGGAGCCGGGUGUGGGCUGAGCCCUGCCUCAUCGCGGCCGCCAAGGCGGAGUACGACGGGGUGAUAGAGGAGUUUUUGGCAACGGGAGAGAAGCUUUUCGGACCCUACGUUUGGGGCAGGUAUGAUGUGCUCUUCAUGCCCCCGUCUUUCCCAUUUGGGGGCAUGGAGAACCCCUGCCUGACCUUCGUCACCCCCUGCCUGCUGGCGGGCGACCGCUCCCUGGCCGACGUCAUCAUCCAUGAGGUGUCCCACAGCUGGUUUGGGAACCUGGUCACCAACGCCAACUGGGGGGAGUUCUGGCUGAAUGAGGGCUUCACCAUGUACGCCCAGAGGAGGAUCUCCACCACCCUCUUCGGGGCCGCGUACACCUGCUUGGAAGCCGCGACGGGGCGGGCUCUGCUUCGGCAGCACAUGGACCUAACGGGCGAGGACCACCCACUGAACAAGCUGCGGGUGAAGAUAGAGCCAGGUGUUGACCCGGACGAUACGUACAAUGAGACCCCCUAUGAGAAAGGCUUCUGCUUCGUCUCCUACCUGGCCCACCUGGUGGGCGACCAGGGCCAGUUUGACGGCUUCCUCAAGGCCUACGUGGAUGAAUUUAAAUUCCAAAGUAUCUUAGCCGAUGACUUUCUUGACUUCUACUUGGAAUAUUUCCCUGAGCUGAAGAAAAAGGGGGUGGAUUCCAUCCCAGGACUUGAGUUUGAUCGCUGGCUGAACACCCCGGGCUGGCCCCCCUACCUCCCUGACCUCUCUCCCGGGGACUCCCUCAUGAGGCCGGCUGACGAGCUGGCCCAGCUGUGGGCGACCGCGGAGCUAGACCAGAGGGCCAUCGACGCUGUGUCCAUCUCUGCCUGGAAGACCUACCAGCUGGUUUACUUCCUGGAUAAGGUUCUCCAGAAGUCCCCUCUCCCCGCCGGGAACGUGAAAAGACUUGGAGAGACAUAUGCAAAGGUCUCAAAUUCCCAGAACGCAGAGCUCCGGCUGCGAUGGGGCCAGAUUGUCCUUAAGAACGACCACCAGGAGGAUUUCUGGAAAGUGAAGGAAUUCCUGCAGAGCCAGGGGAAGCAGAAGUACACCCUCCCGCUGUACCACGCCAUGAUGCGGGGCGGCGAGGCCGCCCGGGCCCUGGCCAAGGAGACCUUUGCUGCCACUGCCUCCCAGCUCCACAGCAACGUGGUCCACUACGUGCAGCAGAUCGUGGCGCCCACGGGCACUUAGAGGCCCCCGCGACGGCCUCUGCCUCGGCCGACUUGGCAGCCCUGCAGCCAUAGCUCCCGGUGCUGGGUCUCACCAGCUUCGCGAGUUCACAGCCCCGGGAUAGGCAGCCUGUUCCCUGGGCCUCUGCUCCGACCUGAGACCAGGGGACCGCCUGGGGCAGUUCCCUCGGGCAGGCCCGGCCGCUGGCGCUGUCAGGGGCCGUCUCCCCCCCACCUGGGUCUCAGGAGGAGCAAGAAGGAUUUUCUUUUCUUUUUCUUUUUCUUUUUGCUGAUCCUCUCAGUGCUGUGCAAAGCGCUGCAUUCCUUUUUGAGGUUUAAUCAUGCUUUUAAUAAAUAUUUUUGAGUGAAAAGUC